AUGCGUCUGUGCCGCACGGUAGCGUACGUUCAUCGAUAUUCACAGAACUUGCGACGGACAGCGAGCAAGGAACAACGAUUGGUAGGACCGCUAUCUCAGGAAGAGUUGGACAAAGGCGAGAAAACUGUCUUUCGGUGGAUACAAUCCGAAUGCUAUUCAGAUGAAAUGAGGGCUCUUGCUCUAGCUGGGAACUCAGCAAAUCAGCAAAUCCGUUUAGAAAAAUCAAGUAAAAUUCGCAAGCUAUCGCCAUAUUUGGAUGAUUCGGGAAUUAUUCGCUCGGAUAGUAGAAUCGCCGCCGCAGCAUUUGCUUCGUACGAUACGAGGUUUCCCGUAGUUUUACCGAAAGCACAUUGGGCUACACGUUUGUUAGUCGAAUGGUACCACUCCAAAUAUUUGCACGCGAAUGGUGAAACGAUCGUCAAUGAGAUGAGGCAGCGUUUUCACAUUUCCCAACUGCGUUCGUUCGUUCGAAAGGUGGCUAAGGAUUGCGUCGAGUGUAAGGUGAAGAAGCCAGUUCCAAUGAUACCUCGUAUGGCUCCACUUCCAGCGGCUAGGCUGCGGGCGUACGUGCGACCAUUCUCAUUCAUAGAAUCCUGUAAACUGGCCAUUAGGCGUUUUAUAGGACGCAGGGGAGCUCCCUUGGCAAUACGCAGCGAUAGGGGUACGAACUUUGUAGGAUCGCGCAACGAGCUUGAACAAGAGAUGAAUGAAAUCGACCGUCAACUAGCGGAAACGUUCACUAAUGCAACCACGAGAUGGAUUCUGAACCCACCUGGAGCGCCUCAUAUGGGCGGCGCGUGGGAGCGCCUGGUGCGAUCCGUGAAAACGGCUUUUGCGGCGAUAAGCACGUCUCGGACGCCGAACGAAGAAACUCUUGCUACGUUGUUAGUAGAAGCGGAAAGCGUAGUGAACUCGCGACCCCUGACAUACAUACCGUUAGAAACGGCCCAACAGGAGGCUCUAACGCCAAACCACUUUCUUCUAUCCAGCUCGAGUGGUGUAAUUCAACCACCAAGAACGUUGGGAGAUCCAAAACAAGCCUGUAGAAAUGAAUGGAACUUGUGCCGAGUUAUGAUCGAUCAUUUCUGGAGUCGGUGGGUAAGGGAGUAUCUUCCCACUAUCGCGCGACGUACCAAGUGGUUCGACGAAGAGAGGCCGAUUGCGGUCGGGGAUCUAGUGAUCAUUGUGGAAGAGAAGAUACGCAACGGAUGGACGCGAGGCCGUGUGGUCCAAGUAGUAGCAGGUCGGGAUGGCCGAGUUCGUGAAGCCGUAAUACAAACUGCACGCGGACUUAUUCGUAGACCGGUGGCCAAGUUGGCGCGAUUGGAUAUAGCAGUGGGUAAAACUGGUCCAGAAGUUCCUGACCAGCCUUACGGGUCGGGGAACUGUUACGGUUAG